GCAGCAUAAAUAGCGGCUGGCGCAGCACGGGGCCAGAUGCAGAGCGAGCGGCAGGGCGGCCGGCUUCCCCUAGCACGCGUGGCACAGCUGCGAGCACCCUCCGCCAUGGCAGAGCCUUCGCUGCCCCUCUCCUUCCUCUGCCUCCUCGCCUUGUCUUCCGCCUGCUACAUCCAGAACUGUCCCCGGGGCGGCAAGCGGGCCCUGGCCGACACAGCCCUCCGACAGUGCAUGCCCUGCGGCCCCGGGAACAGAGGCAACUGCUUCGGCCCCGGCAUCUGCUGCGGCACCGAGAUGGGCUGUUACCUGGGCACGGCCGAGACGCGGCGCUGCGCCGAGGAAGACUACCUGCCUUCGCCCUGCCAGGCCGGCGGGCAGCCCUGCGGCUCCAGCGGCCGCUGCGCCGCACCCGGCAUCUGCUGCACCACCGAAACCUGUGCGAUGGACACCAGCUGCCUGGACGAGGGCAGCGACGGGGCUCAGGAGGCGGCAGAGAAGAACCUGACGGUGCUGGACGGCUCGGCUGGAGAUCUGCUCCUCAAGCUGAUGCACUUGGCAAACCGGCAGCAGCAGCAGCAGCAGGGCAAGCAUCCCCUCCUCUGAGUCGGGGCGCCGGGUGUCCCCCGCACCGCCACCGACCCCCCCAACCCCAGCCUUGUAAAUACGAGACCCAAUAAAAGUCCUCGUGCACUGUGGUGGCUUCGUCCGGGGUGCUGGGGACGGGUUAUGGGGGGCUCCAGGGAACCCGUCCGGGGCUCGGAGAUGGUGGGGUGAGGGGGUUUGGAGGUUGUUGGAUCUUCAUCCCCACACCUCCCCCCAGAAUCCCUGUGCGGUUUGGCUCCAACCCGCAGUGGUUCUGCUGGGCUGGGUGCAGGAUUUGGCCCCGUGCUGGCAGCACUAAGGGAAAGAAGCCCAGGCAGAGCUGGCCUUUGGGAUCCGGCCAUGGGGUCCCACCCCGGGAGCCCCAGCAGCACCCAUGGGCGCUGAGCCUCCCAGCCCCCCCAGCCCCUGCAGUUUGGAGCACCACACCCCGGGAGGUGCCACCGUCACGUUACCUCUUAGCCAAGAGCCCUCUUCGAGGCAGAUUCGGGGCCCCGUUACAUUCAGGAACUGGCACGGCUGGCGCUUCAAGCCACAU